ACCUUGUGAGACUCAUACAAAAACACACACUUCAAAAUCAAAGAUGGACGGAUACGUAAACGUUAAUUUCUUUUGGGGAGGUGAAAUCAUCAAACAAGAUAACGAUAUUCUCUACUCCCUAGAUCCGAAAGAAAUGAUGUUUGUGAAAUUGGGCACCUCGUAUGAAGAAUUACGAGAUAUUGUCUUCCAGUUGAUGCAUAUUAGUAGGCAUCAUUGGGAUGUCAAGCUUACUGUCAAGUAUCCAAGAAUCGGGGUUGCUAACCUCGUUACUGGGUUUUUUGUAAGUCUAUUAAAUCAGACGACGAUGUUAGUAGAAUGUUAAGUAUACCCACGAGAUUUCACUUGGGGGGAGACGUAGCAUUGUUUAUUGAGGCUGAGAGUAUUGCUCAGCCGAGCCAACAGUACGGAGGGCCAUUUACACAACAAUCCGGACAAAUCGCUACAGGAGGAGAGUAUGCAAAUUAUGGUGGAAACUACGGCGGGAGUUUUGGAGGGGAUUAUGGGGGGAACCAUGGCCAAAGCGACUACGGGAGCAUGCAAGGGUGGUCAAGUAGCUUCUUCGAGGGUGGCUACACCUACGGGGGUGGUGGCGGCUCUAGUAAUACAGGUCGUUUUGUUGUUGAAGAGGUUGUAGACGAGGACGAUUUGAGUGGAAGACAGCCAUCACCACCUCGUGAAAUGCCGAACAAAGGUGCAGUUGUUACUCUUGCACUUGAGUACGAAGACGAAGAUGAGGAGUAUGGCUCGGAAAGAGCCAUAAGCAGCAGUGACGAUUCGGAUUGGAACUUGUCACAGGAGGAGGCUGCUGAAUCAGAAGAUUUUUCGGAGGCUGAUUCAGACGAAGCCCUAGAAGGCAACAGGAGUAUGCAAACACAGGCAGUGACUAUGCAUGAGCCUAGAGCUCCCUGGUUUACAAGCCAAGAUUACGAGCCUGUCGUAGUUUCAAAUAGGGACCCACUUGUGUCGCUUGCUUUUGAUCCGGCCGCUGAUGAUUUAAACGAGGGAGCUCUAUUUGCUAGCAAAGAUAUACUUAUUUCUGCUGUCAAAGAGGCACAUAUAAAAACAGAUCGGAACUUCUUCGUGGAGAAAAGCAGCACGUCCGUCUACAAAGUAAAGUGUGUGGUUCGAGACUGCAACUGGAAGCUAAGGGCGGCGAAGAAGAAGACCCACGGGCUUUUUCAAAUAACAAAUUGUCCAGAGCAGCACACAUGCCUCCUAGAUAGGCCGACGCAGGACCACCGAAAGAUUUCUGCAAAAAUGAUUGGAUGUUUGGUUGCUCCCUACGUGGCCCAAACCCCUCAGUUGAAGGUGAGCAACGUCAUAACAAUGGUUAAUGAUGAAUACCACCAUUUGAUAAGUUACAUGAAAGCAUGGAGGGGGAAGAUGGCCGGCAUGGAGAGCACUUAUGGUAACUGGCGAACAACCUAUAACGAGCUCCCUCGGUUCCUUAACGUCAUGGCCAGUACAAAUCCAGGAAGCGUGGUCGUGGUUAAUGUGGUUCCACAUCACACCGAUAGGGGUACAUCAACAUUCGUUCGAGCAUUUUGGUGCUUGAAAGCAAUGAUUGAUGGUUGGCAGUAUGCACGGCCAGUUAUUUCCAUUGAUGGUACUUUCCUUAAGGGAAAGUAUAAUGGGAAAUUGCUGGUAGCGGUGGGAGUAGACUCUAACAACCAUCAAUAUCCCAUCUGUUUUGCCUUGGUUGAUGAGGAGAGCACGGACAACUGGUCUUGGUUUCUACGUCUUUUACGGAAGCAUGUAUGCCGAGAUAGACGUGGCGUUUGCAUUAUUUCUGACCGUGCCACGGGGAUCGUCGCUGCGAUGAAUGACGAAAACAAUGGUUUCACCCCGCCUUUCGGAGUUCACAGAUUCUGCCUCCACCAUGUGAGGAGCAACUUCUCCAAGAAAUACCCAGGAAUUGAGCUUAAAAUGUACAUGUGGCUCGCCGGCAAUACGCCACAGAUGAGAAAACACGACGCCUACAUGAAAAAGAUUGGGGAUAUUUCGGAAGACGCCUUUAGGUGGCUGAGGGCCAUAAAUCCGGCCCUAUGGACAAUUUCUCAUGACAAAGGCCACGCUCGUUACGGUCAGGCCACCACAAACAUCACGGAGAGCUUUAAUGGCAACGUGCGUGUGGCUCGCUUUCUACCGGUGGCCGCGAUGCUUGAGUUCCUGUUUUAUAAAACUGUUAGGACGGUCAACAAGGAGAGGAACGCAGUGCAGGAGAGCAUGAGCGAAGGUCACGAACUUUGUCUGAGGACGAGAAAUAAGUUGGAGAAGAUUUCAACCAAGGCGAACGGGCACAGGGUGGAAACGUUUAACCGAGGAACUGGCUUGUUCUCCGUUAAGACACAAAGGUACAGGGUGAAAGGGGUGAAUAAGGGAGGGAACACACAGGUGGUUGACAUAACUAAUGGUACAUGUACUUGCGGGAAAUGGGAAUGCCACCGCCUGCCGUGUUCACAUUUGAUUGCUGGUUGCAACCAUAAUGCCAUAAACUGGAAACAAUGGAUUGGCCCAUUCCACUACAACUCCACUUUGUUAAAAUUGUGGGAGCCAAUGAUUUAUCCAUUACCAGCAACUGGUUAUUGGGAUAUUGACUUACCAGUGGAAUGGAGAAUGUUUGGAACUGUGGUACCGAACGAGGCAUUGAGAAAGAAAAGGAAAAACCGAGGACAAAGGGGCCAGUCCGUGAGAAUACGAACGGAGAUGGAUAGUUCCCGUACAGGCUCCAAAUGUGGUCGAUGCAAGCAAGAGGGCCACACCAGACGCAGCCGGAAAUGUCCAUUGUACAAUACUCAGCCCGAUGUGUAA